UAGAAGCUUUUGUCGAACUUCAUUACAAAAUAAUGGAAGUUAAAGCCAGAGCUCCUGGGAAAAUCAUACUGGCCGGUGAACACGCCGUCGUCCAUGGUUCCACCGCCGUCGCUGCUUCCGUCAACCUCUACACUACUGCUUCAGUUCGAUUGCCAUGUUCUUCAGACGAGGAUGAUAUUGUGAAACUCCAACUGAAGGACCUAGCACUUGAGUUUGCAUGGCCAGUUAGUAGAAUCAAGGAGGCUUUGGGUGGAUUCGUUGGUCCCAUCUCGACACCCACAUCAUGCCCUGCUGAGUGCUUGAAAGCAAUUGCAUCUCUUGUUGAGUAUCAAAACAUUCCGGAGGCUAAAAUUAAGCUUGCCUCUGGAGUGUCAGCAUUCCUUUGGCUCUAUUCUUCCAUUCUAAGAUUUGUGCCUGUUGAUGUAGCCAUCACGUCUGAGCUUCCUCUUGGAUCAGGCUUGGGCUCAUCUGCUGCAUUUUGUGUUGCCAUUUCAGCUGCUCUGCUUGCUUUAUCAGGCUCUGUGAAUGUCGAUCAGGAGCACUGUGGAUGGAUGGUAUGUAAAGAAGAUGAGCUAGUUUUGUUGAACAAGUGGGCCUUUGAGGGUGAAAAGAUAAUCCAUGGGAAACCUUCUGGAAUUGACAAUACUGUGAGCACAUAUGGUAGCAUGAUCAAGUUCAAGUCAGGCAGUUUGGAUCUCAUUAAAUCCAAUAUGCCAUUGAAAAUGCUUGUGACAAACACAAAGGUUGGAAGAAACACAAAGGCUUUAGUGGCUGGUGUUUCAGAAAGGGCCAUCAGACAUCCUGAUGCAAUGAGCUCUGUGUUCAAUGCUGUCGAUUCUAUCAGCAAGGAGUUAUCAAUCCUUCUUCAGUCAGCUCAUGACGACAUGUCCCUAACUGAGAAGGAAGAACAGUUAGCAGAGUUGAUGGAAAUGAAUCAAGGCUUACUUCAGUGUAUGGGGGUAAGCCAUGGUUCUAUCGAAACCAUCCUCCGGACGACGUCGAAAUACGAGCUAGUUUCCAAAUUGACAGGAGCUGGAGGUGGAGGCUGUGUUCUUACGCUGUUGCCUAACUUGCUUUCAGGGACCAUUGUUGAUGAAGUAAUUGCAGAGCUUGAGUCAUGUGGAUUUGAAUGCUUCAUUGCUGGGAUUGGAGGAAAAGGGGCCGAGAUCUCGUUCCAUGAUUUAGCCUGAAAAUUUUUCAAGCGAUUCUUUGAACGAAACGAACUCUUUUCCUUUUGUUUCUUUCCUUUCACGAAGUCUAAUAAGCUCUCAUUACUUCAGACAUGUCACUUGA